CCGCGCGGGGGCUGCUGGGAACCCGGAAGUCCGCUGAGCCGCCAUGGGUGUCCACUGUGUGGCAAUCGGCGCCUGCAGGCGAGUUCUACAAAGAGCGUUCUCCCUCCACCCAGCACACUCGACCAAGGACAUGGAGAAUUUUUUCCAGUUGGUUCGAAACAUUGUGCCUGCUCUGACCUCGAAGAAACACAAGGGGCAGGACGGAAGAAUAGGCAUCGUCGGGGGCUGUCAAGAGUACACAGGAGCACCAUAUUUUGCAGGAAUCUCAGCUCUGAAAGUGGGUGCAGAUUUGACCCACGUGUUCUGUGCCAGGGAGGCUGCACCUGUGAUCAAGUCCUACAGCCCAGAGCUGAUCGUGCACCCCAUCCUUGACAGUUCCAGUGCUGUUGAGGAGGUGGAGAAGUGGCUCCCCAGGCUGCAUGUCCUUGUUGUGGGGCCUGGCCUGGGUAGGGACAACCUUCUUCUCAACAACGCCAGGGGCAUUUUGGAAGCAACCAAGGCCAGGGACAUCCCUGUCGUCAUCGACGCGGACGGCCUAUGGCUGGUGGCUCAACAGCCGGCCCUCAUCCACGGCUACCAGAAGGCCGUUCUCACCCCCAACCGUGUGGAGUUCAGCAGGCUCUGGGAAGCUGUGUUCAGCAGUCCGGUAGACACCACAAACCAGAGUGACUCCAUUCUGAAGCUCAGCCAAGCCCUGGGGAACAUCACAGUGGUCCAGAAAGGAGAGCAUGACCUGAUCUCCAACGGUCAGCAGGUGCUUGUGUGCAGCCAGGAAGGCAGCGGCCGCAGGUGUGGUGGGCAAGGAGACCUCCUGUCGGGCUCCCUGGGUGUCCUGGUGCACUGGGCCCUCCUGGCUGGACCAGAGAAGACAAACGGGUAUGCACACCUCUGUCGUCCCACUCUGAGCCUGUUAAUCUCUCUGGCAGCUCGUGUCACGUGCCUUUGUAGGCCAGAUGAACUGCCAGUGCUCCAUGGGAGACAUCCGGGACCAAGGUCCACCUGUCCACAGGAGCUUCUACACACAGGCUGGACCCAAACCUACUGCUGAGGGUGGGGCCUUGGCGCUGGGGAGAAUCCAAGCAGCCAUGGUUGGUUAAGGACAUGCUGUGGAGAGUUCAGCAGUGCCUUCUAUAACUGGAAGUAGAGAGCAGACAGGCUGGAGGGGUGGCCCUCUGGACACUGGUCCUCAUAGGUGUGUGAUCUCUAAGGCAGUAGGGUGCUAAGCUUGCAGAUCCCCACAUGUGACCCGUGCUAUGGAGCAUUAUGGCCACACGUGGCCACUCCAUACCCAGUUUCUGGAGCCCCACUUGAUACCACUGGUGCAAACGGUGUUUCAGGUGGACUUGACUUUGCUCAGUUCUGCAGGGUAAUGGUGCAGAGGCUGGUUCUAGUCUGUCCUGUGGCCCAAGGUGGGGUGUGCAGUGGAGUAGCAGGUCUGCAUGAAGACCUCAGGCACUACCACAUUCUAAGACAACCAGUGAGCACCGUUAAAGCCGUACCACCACCAGCAAGCGCUUCUCUCACACCAGGAAAAACUGCUUCCCUCUGUCAGGUUCCGACCCAUCUCUAGGGAUGGGACCCAGGGCCUCCUGGUGCUUCCUAGGCCAGGCCCAGCUGGCCUGAGCUUGCUGUUUGGGAGUUGAAGGUGGAAAUGGGGUGAAGUCAGAGCUCUUCAAAGGGCCCUACAGCGAGGCCUUUGGUUCUGCUCUUGUCUACAGCUCCAGCCCACUGCUGGUGGCUGCCUGGGGUGCUUGCACGCUCACAAGGGAGUGUAAUCAUCAGG